AUGGCUAUUCUAGAAAUUAUUGAAGCCUUUAGUAUUACAGAUUAUCUCCUUAUUUUUGCUUUAAUCUUUGCUACCUACGUUUUUAACUUUUAUUAUAAAUACUUAACUCGCCCCAAUCCACUCCAUGGUCCAUUCCCUUUACCAUUCAUCGGAAACCUUCACAACAUGAUUUUCGAUUUAAAAUCGUUCUAUUGUAAAUGCCAACCAAAUUAUGGAGAUAUCUGUGAAAUAAUGUUUGAUGGAUCUAGAUGUAUAGUUCUCUCACGACCAGAAUAUAUUGAAAAACUUAUGUCUACAUGUGCAAGAAGGUUGCCAUAUUAUCAGG